AUGGAAAUCAUUAGCGACGUGUCCUUCGAUCUGAGACAGGAGGUCUUGGACCUCAAACAAGAGCUCGCGGAGCUUCGUGAUGCCUUCCUACAAUGCCGGUCGGACAAUUGCGAUACGUCCAGACUUCAAGAUCUGGAACAUGGCAUGGAACAUUCGAAUCUCAACGCGGACAUGGCCUUCGGCUUCAGCGACACAGCAGCUGCUAUCAGCAUACAAUUGAACAAAGAAAUGUCCGCACUUCUUCAGAUAGUUGGGUCGCUGGAUAAGCGUGUCUCACGCAUGGAGGCGAAGUUCUUAGCCCAAGAACAAGCCAUGACACGACUGAAUGAGCUCUACAUCAAUCAACAGGCUCAGAUUGAACGGCUCACCUCUGAUGCAACGUGGUUUGGCGCUAUCAGUGAACAUUUUAUCCAGGCUCGUGAGAUAUACUGGGAUAGCAAGUUACGGGAACUUGACAGCGGUCUGUCCACGGGAGAGAACACACCUCCAGCCUCCCACCUCUCCUCAAAUACCCAGGCAGAAGUCGUCCUUGAUGCGAGAUUGUGCAUGGACCGAAGAUCACUCAUGGACCGCGACAGAUUCCGGCAACUGUACGGGCUAAGUCCCGAGCAGGUAGAGGCACUUGCAUCCCAAAGGUGUGUCAAUACUCUGCGCAUUGUCAAUACCGUCGCUGGACUUCGAUUGUCAAAUUGUGAGCUCAAACCUGGAGAGUAUGACAUCUUCAAUCGGAUCACCCAGCUGGUUAACCUCUAUGACGAUUAUUCUGCUGUUGAGGCCAGAAGCGUAGAGCUUCUGGCUAAUGUCAACGAGACUAAAAAGUAAAUGUCGAAGGGUGUCUGUCCUCUGAUACUACUCACAGCCCCGUUGAACUGCUAUUUCGGGAACUGCACUUGGCUGUUCGUUUUAUGAAGUGAUCCUCUCCCAU